CACUGGAGCAAGAUCAUGACUUUACUCAACGAGUCAGACGAGUCCUCCCCUCCCUCCUUCCCUCUCUCCUCCCUUGAGCACAAUUUAUCCGUCUUUGCCACCCAUGGCCCUUCGUACUCCCCCAUAUCCUUCCCCACCUCCUCCUCCUUCUCGCUGACGUCCUCCAACUGCACCAGCUCGUCGUCAGCCACCUCUCCUCCGUACAACUUCUACGCCGUGCUGCUGGUGCUGCUGAUCUUCUGCGUGGUGUUCGGUAACGUGCUGGUGUGCGUGGCGGUGUCGCGGGAGCGCGCUCUGCAGACCACGACCAACUACCUCAUUGUCUCGCUGGCUGUGUCCGACCUGCUGCUGGCCACGCUGGUCAUGCCCUGGGGCGUGUACCUUGAGGUGGUGGGAGAGUGGCGCUUCAGUCUCAUCCACUGUGACAUCCUGCUCACCCUGGACGUCAUGAUGUGCACCGCCAGUAUCCUCAACCUCUGUGCCAUCAGCAUUGACAGGUACACAGCUGUGGCCAUGCCAAUGCUCUACAACACCAGAUACAGUUCCAGGAGGAGGGUGGCAGUGAUGAUUGCUGUGGUCUGGUUUCUCUCUUUUGCCAUCUCCUGCCCUUUGCUGUUUGGACUCAACAACACAGCCAGCCGGGAAGGCACCACGUGUAGCUUUGCAGAUCCGGCCUUCGUGGUGUACUCAUCUGUGGCCUCCUUCUACGUUCCCUUCAUCGUAACUUUGCUGGUAUAUGCGCAGAUCUGCGUGGUGCUGCGCAGACGAGGCAGACGCACUGCCCCGCCGCGCAGGCACGGUCUGCACACACAAGGCGGGGCUGAGGCAGGAGAUGGUCAUCGACACAGGAAGAAUAAGUGUACACAGCCAGAGGAUGUGAAGUUGUGCACCCUGAUCCUGAGGCCUGCCACUGCCGGCCCACAGCGCAAGAAAGUGACCCUGGUAAAGGAGGCCGUGGUUCACCCCCUCGAAGUCGAGCCGGGUCAGUUCCUGCCUCAGAUGGAGCAGAGCCUGGCUCCCCCUCCUGCCCCCCAGGCUUCCUCCCACGCGGGACGGGCCAGGAUCUCCCUGGCUAUCUCAGUUGGACCUGCCCCAGUUCUUCCCUCAACCGUGACGAGAUCGGCCCUGAUGCCUCGCCCCCCAACCCUGGAGGACGGCAUGAGAGGCCGUGAGGGAUGGAGGGAGCGCAGCGGAGGCAGAGAGAGAUGGGGGAUUACCAAGGAGAGGGUGAGAGGGAGGCUGUCACAGCAGAAGGAGCGGAAGGCAACACAGAUGCUCGCCAUUGUGCUCGGUGUGUUCAUCAUCUGCUGGCUGCCUUUCUUCUUAACACACGUGCUCAAGGCCCACUGCAGGAGCUGCUGUAUCUCGCCCUCAUUGUACAGCGCUGUCACCUGGCUGGGAUACCUCAACAGCGCCGUCAAUCCUGUCAUCUACACCACUUUCAACAUCGAGUUUCGCAAAGCCUUCAUCAAGAUCUUGCACUGCUGAGAGCUGGAGAGAUGAGGCGCAUCAACUGUCAAGAAAAAAAAAAACAGCCUGGCAUUGGUUUAAGAUCAGAGG